AUGUUCAAGUUGGUGGUGUUGUCUGCUUUAUUCGCCGUUGCCUUAGCUCGUCCUGGUUUAUACGAAUCUGAGAAGUUGGUAUAUUCCGCUCCUGCUUAUGCCUCGGUUGUGCAACAAGAACAUGGUUAUGCUCACGUUGGUUCCAUUGUAAAAUCUGUACCAUCAGCUGUCUCUCAUCAAAGCCAAUCCGUUGUCCAUGGUUCUGCUCACUACGUAGAAGAUGUUUUGGCUCCUGCUGUCAAGAGCACCGAAUAUACAACAAAAACUUUAGUUGCUCCUGUGAUUAAAACCUAUACCGCUCCUGCUUAUGUUAAAACUGUUUCAACUCCAGUUGUUCAUAAGUCUUAUGCCGAAGCUGCUCCCGUUUUGUAUAAGUCUUGGUAAAAGGUGUAAGGAGGAAAAUUAAGGAUUUUUUGUUGUGUGAUUUUGUUAUGAAUAUGUGAUUUUUUUACUAAAUAUUGU